GAAAGGCUGGGACUCUUUUUUUUUUUUUUUCCCUUUCGCUCUCCCCGUCGGCGUUUAUAUACUGCAAUUGUCUGUCUGGUCCUGCUUGAUUCCCUUCUCCCCUUUCUCCGGGCUCCUCCACCGCUCCGCUUUCCCCGUCCCCUGACAAGGACUCACAUAGAAGGCGUGUCCUCUCGGGGCGGUUGCUGCCGCUGCGGAAGGCAGCUUAAAGCUAUAAAAGAAGUGAUCGGGUGCCGGCUUGAGCUGCAUUUCCCGCCUCUGCUUUCCUCCGAAGGACUUGGAGCCGGUGCCGAAUAGAGCAGCGGGAGCGCCGCCCGCGUGCCUGGGGGCGAAUUGAAGGCCAGGGCACGGCAAAGCCAUAGAGGGCGCUAGGCAAGCCUCAAUGCGCGGUCUAGCUGCCUUUGCAACAUGCUGGAACUACAGAUCAGCUAAAAGGACUUUGCACACCGCUGUCGGAGCUGGAUUGCAGCGCUCUCUUUCCUUAUGAAGAAGACACAAACUUGGAUUAUCACUUGCUUUUAUCUUCAAUUGCUCCUACUUUAUCCUCUUAUUAAAGCUCAAAGUCCCUGUGGGAAUCCGGUGACAGAUGAUGUAAAUGAAAUUACAGUACUUGUUGGAAAUCUUCCACAUGAUUAUUUGAUAGCCCUUAGAUAUGUCCAGAAGACGGACACACUGCCUUACCACUGUUGGUUGCAUUUGAUGGUCCCUGAAUUGUUAAACAGUCUAAAUAAUCUUCUCAAUAAAUUUAAAGAAUUUCCAGAUAUGUCAAAUGUCUUGAGUAAUUAUUCAAUUAUCAAUAAACUAAGGCGGAUCAUCAAUGAUGUGAUGGCAUGCUUACCUUCUACCACAUAUAAUAAGAAUUAUAGCCAACAUGAUCAUCUAUAUGAAGAAGGUAAAUUUGUUCCAGAAGAGUUCUUCAAGCACUUUUACAGCAUUAUUGAGGCCUACAAAAUCUUUUCAAAAAGACCAGAACAAAGUGACUGCAUUCUUCCCUCAACAACAGAAUCCUCUCCAAAUGAUUCAAGCACCAGUGUCACAGAGCCAUUUUUAUUACAUCCUGUUGCGGCCAGUUCCCUUAGGAAUGAUAGCAGUGACAAUAACAGCAACAAAGCAGAAUUGGACUUCCUCAGUAAAUCUAGCAAUCAAGUAUUGAGCAUAGCACUUUCAUCAUUGUUGGCUUUUGUCUUCGGCUUUGUUUUGGGAGCCAUAUGCUGGAAGAAAAGGAUCUGCAGGCAUAUACUACAAAUUCACCAGACUACACAAUCUAACAUCAACCAAGAUGAUAAUGAGAUAAGUAUGUUGCAGCACAAAGACAAAUCGCUUCUACAAGUGUAGCUGUUUCUUUUUUAUAUAUACACUGUUACUGCUUCACGUCUAGGCAACUAACAGUUCUAAGUUUGCUUCAUAAAUGAAGCAGCUUUAAGCAUAUUUGUAUUCCUUUUGGAGUGACAGACUGAGUCUGCAUCUGUUGCUGUUGCCUGGGACUCCAUAUUCACAAUAUAGAACUGUGGAUAAAAGCUGUGUUACUGUGAAAUCAAUGUGGAAUUCAACAUCACUAGAGAAAAGAGUCUACAGCAAAAAGGAUUACCACUUUUAAUGCAGAACAAAGUGUAUCUUUGCACCUUGGAUCUGCAGUGGAUUUUAGCAAAUGCAGUAAGAAGAUUUAUGUGAUCCAAAAUAUAAGGAAGUUUGUAUUGGAUGCACAAAUGAAGACUAUGAAUAGAAGAAAUAUGCGGAAAUGGACAAAAAUAGGAAACUUCAGAAAUGUAUAUGUCUUGCAAAUAAGUUUAUGCAAUGGACUAAUGUGCUAGUUUUCUUUCAUCAGUGGAACUGGGCUAAUAGUGACGGAAAGUUUCAUUUAAAAUCAGAUACAGUAAUUUUGAAAGAUAUAAGUGGAGUUUAAUUUUGUGUCAAAAAUUUUAUACAGUUUGACAAUGUUGUGAAUGUCUGUUCAGUAGAAGUGAUCUAAAUGCAAAUAGUCUAGGUUGGCCCAUUGAUGGUUGCAAGGAAGAUUACCAGUUAUGUUCCAAUACAUGAGGGUGGGGGGCAGAAUAUAAAUUGUUAUCUGGGAUAACUAUCAUGAAACUGAAUCAAAGUACUUAAACUAUUCUUGAUACUAACAGAAAUUAGGUCGUCUCAGAAAUAGUAAGUUUACUUUAACUUUUUUUAUAUGUCCUUGAAUAUUUUGAAAUAAAUUUUAAAAGCAGCACCCAUUAUAUCAUUUUGAAUUCUCCAUCAAUUAUUAUUCCUUCAGCUCAAGUGGAAAGAAUUAUUUGUCUAAAUAUUUCUCAGCCUUUUGAUAAUUGUAACAAAACUGUGGACAACAAUUCCCAGGUGAAAAAUUACCAGUCAUGAACUUCAAUAGAACACUAAAAACAUUGAAACCUGUAUAUAAUGUUAAGUUAUUUUUUUUUCCUGAAAAUGGAUUUGAAGAAUUUUAUUUUCUAUGAAAUAGUUGGAUUGCUGUACAUUCCAAACUACUAAUCCAAUAAUAAGUUUAAACUAUUGUAAGUUUAAUUAAACUAUUGUUAAAUUUUCCUUUAUGGUGCAUUGAUAAAAAAAACUGUGCUUAAUAAAUGCUUUAUUUAAACUUC